AUGGGCGACGACUUUGUGCUCCCUGAGAAGUGGAGCGAGGAUGUCAAGGAUGAGAACGGCAACCCAAUGAGCAAGAGCGAGUUCAAGAAGCGACAGAAGGCCGCGAAGGCGGCCGCGGAGAAGGCGGAGAAGAAGGCAGCGCAGGCGGCCAAGGCUGCUGCGCAACCGGCGAAGAAGAAGGCCGCUGGGGACGAGGACGAGGACCUGGACCCCACGCAGUACUUCGAGAACCGCAAGAAGUGGAUCGGCGGCGUUCGCGAGAAGGGCGGCAACCCAUACCCGCACAAGUUCCACGUGUCGAUGCGUCUGCCCGAGUACGUGGCCAAGUACACCGACUCGGUCGAGGCCGGGCAGGUCGUCGAGGGCGAGACCGUGUCGCUCGCGGGCCGCGUGUCCUCGAAGCGCGCGUCCGGGUCGAAGCUCAUCUUCUACGACCUCCGCGGGGAGGGCGCGAAGCUGCAGGUGAUGGCCGACCUGCAGCGCUUCGACGACGGGGGCGCGGCGGAGGGCAAGGAGGAGCGCUUCGGCGCGCUGCACGCGUCCGUGAAGCGCGGGGACAUCAUCGGCGUCGUCGGCGUGCCCGGGAAGUCCAAGCGCGGGGAGCUGUCGGUCUUCCCGGUCACGGUGCAGGUGCUGUCGCCGUGCCUGCACAUGCCGCCGAGCCUGCACUUCGGGCUCAAGGAGAAGGAGACGCGGUACCGCCAGCGGUACCUGGACCUCAUCAUGAACCACAACCGCGUCCGGGACAUCUUCCAGACGCGCGCCAAGAUCAUCCAGAAGAUCCGAUCCUUCCUCGACGAGCGGGGCUUCCUCGAAGUGGAGACGCCGAUGAUGAACAUGAUCCCCGGCGGCGCCACCGCGCGCCCCUUCGUGACCUACCACAACGAGCUCGACAUCCAGAUGUACAUGCGGAUCGCGCCGGAGCUGUAUUUGAAGGAGCUGGUCGUCGGCGGGCUCGACCGCGUGUACGAGAUUGGGCGGCAGUUCCGCAACGAGGGGAUCGACAUGACGCACAACCCCGAGUUCACGACGUGCGAGUUCUACAUGGCCUACGCCGACUACAACGACCUGAUGGACAUGACGGAGAAGCUCGUCUCGGAGAUGGUGCUGGAGACCAAGGGGGGGUAUAUUGUGGAGUACCACGCCGAGGGGCCCGACGCCGACCCCGUCGUGAUCGACUUCACGCCGCCGUGGAAGCGCAUGUCCAUGUGCGAGGCGCUCGAGAAGGCGCUGGGCGUCGAGCUCCCGAAGGACAUGGAGUCGGAGGAGACGCGCGCGUUCCUGGAGGCGGAGGUCAAGAAGCGCGGGCUGGAGUGCCCGCCGCCGCUGUCGACGGCGCGCCUGCUCGACAAGCUGGUCGGCGAGUACCUCGAGGAGCAGUGCAUCAACCCGACCUUCAUCUGCGACCACCCGCAGAUCAUGUCCCCGCUCGCCAAGUGGCACCGCACGCUCCCAGGCAUGACGGAGCGCUUCGAGCUCUUCGUGAACAAAAAGGAGGUCUGCAACGCCUACACCGAGCUGAACGACCCCAUCCGGCAGCGGGAGCUCUUCGCGCAGCAGGCCGCGGCGAAGGCGGACGGCGACGACGAAGCGAUGGGCGUGGACGAUGGUUUCUGCACUGCGCUGGAGUACGGGCUGCCGCCGACGGGCGGGUGGGGCAUGGGCGUGGACCGCAUGACGAUGUUCCUCACGGACCAGCAGAACAUCCAGGAGGUGCUGCUGUUCCCGGCGAUGAAGCCGCAGGUCGCGAAGCCUGCCGCGAGCGGCAUGUCGGUCGACGGCGCGUGA